AUGAUAUUCGAAAUCAGAGAUGUUCAAUCCCAAAAUAUUUUAGUCACAUUGGACAAAAAUGAUACAUUUGCAAAAUCUGCCCUUCGUCAUCUGAACAUUAGUAAAAUGUAUUUCAUGGAUAAAUUCCCUGUAGACUCCAUUACUCUAGACCGCUUCGAUUUUAAUGAAACAUCAGACAUUAACAGUCUUUGCUCAAAAAUGCAGAAUGUCAGUUUUGUCAUAAGCGUGUGCCGCUCGUCGCGGUCGAUGGGUUUAGUCGCUGAACUGGCACGAAUAUCACAAGUGCCAACGAUUCAAGUGGAUCUCAAUUACUGGGCACUGCCUCUUAAUUUCAAUGAAACUACAACUCUUCAAACAAUUUCAUCACCAUCCUACACGACUAUGGUUUUGUCUACGUUGGUUUUUCAAAAUGUGAUAACCGAUAUUUUCGCGGAUUUAAGUAUUACGCCAAACAGCACAGUGCUCUAUGAUAAUAUAUUUCCUGCUGAUUUCACUGCAUGGCAAGGAGCAUUUUCUGUUUUACCCGGUGUUCGAUUCAUGCAAAUGGAAACUACAGUGCUCAAAAUGAGAGCUCAAAUCACACGACUCAGAAUGCAAGCUGUCAAUUCUUUGAUUUUAGUUGCAAAGACUGAAAAUGUGGAGAGAUUCACAUUGGAGUCAUCUGACUACAUCGAACAACGGAUUUUUAACAUUUAUGUGCUUACAAAGGACAUUACCGCGUUCAAAUGCGACAGUUGCGAGUCGGCGUUUAUGUUUUGGUUGCGCCCGUUUCCAGUCGGCAAAAUAAUGGAAAUUCGAGAUUUGGACGACUAUUUGUUCAGAAACGAAAUUGGAUUAGAAUUGGAUUACUCGAUUAAUGGAUGGGACUCGCUUAAUGUUGCAUUCUAUAUGAAUGUAAUGGGAUAUGCAUUUGAGACCAUAAAACAGAUGAAUGCAACAUUUGAUGUUCUUCCAACGUUCACUUGUGAAGCGGGACCAUCCGAGCCAAAUAUCACGACUACAGUGAGAGAAGUGAUUUUGGGCGAUCCGGCUCAUGAAUAUGGAAAUUACUCGGAGACAGGGAAUAAUGUGUUUUUCCAGGAUGUACAAGUGAGAAUCUACAAAAUUGAUAGAAACCGAGAACACGAGGAUGCCCUGUUCAACAAAGAAGUCGGAGUUUGGACACCCCUCUCCAAACUAUCCGUCAUGUACGGGACGUUACAAGUAGACGUCCGAAAUUUGAAUAUAUUUAGGGUGGUCACUCUGAUUCAACCACCAUUCGUACAAAGAACCGGUGAUCCCAACACUCCUUAUGAGGGUUACUGUAUUGACCUGAUCAACAUGAUCCAAGUGGAAGUGAACUUCACUUAUACCAUCUAUGAAGUUGAAGAUGGAAGUUUUGGUACCAUGGAUGACAAUGGAAAUUGGAAUGGGCUUAUUGGGGCGCUAGUUUCUGGUUCAGCCGACAUCGCGUUGGCGCCGUUGAGUGUAAUGGCUGAGCGAGAGAAUGACGUGGAUUUCACAGUUCCAUACUAUGACUUAGUUGGUACCACGAUCCUUAUGAAGAAGGCUGAUGUUGAGUAUUCGCUUUUUAAAUUUAUGAAAGUUCUGGAAUGGCCCGUCUGGCUGUGUAUUGUGGCCGCGUAUUUGUUCACCAGUGUUUUGCUAUGGAUAUUUGAUCGUUUUAGUCCCUACUCGUUCACAAAUAACCAAGAGAGAUACCAAAAUGACAUUGAGAAAAGACAGUUUAGCUUGAAAGAGUGUCUCUGGUUUUGUAUGACGUCGUUGACACCACAAGGUGGCGGUGAAGCUCCAAAAAAUAUUUCCGGGCGGCUUGUAGCUGCGACUUGGUGGCUUUUUGGUUUCAUCAUAAUCGCAUCCUAUACUGCUAACUUGGCUGCUUUCCUGACCGUUUCACGUCUAGAACAACCUAUUAGCUCCUUGGACGAUCUAGCCAAACAAUACAAAAUCGAAUACGCACCAAUAAAAGGGAGCGCGUCUGAAACGUAUUUCAGAAGAAUGGCGGAAAUCGAGGAGACGUUUUAUAACAUGUGGAAAGAAAUGUCUCUGAACGAAAGUAUGUCUCCACGGGAUCGAGCGAAAUUGGCUGUUUGGGAUUACCCAGUAUCUGACAAGUUCACCAAUAUGUGGAGAUACAUGCAAGAGUCGAAACUGCCUCCAGAUAUGGAUGCCGCAGUGGACCGCGUUUUAAACUCGGUGGAUGGAUUUGCGUUCAUAGGGGAUGCCACGGAAAUUAAAUACGCGGCUCUAACCAACUGCAAACUUCAACAAGUGGGAACGGAAUUUUCACGAAAACCAUAUGCAAUUGCAGUACAAAGUGGACAUAUUUUGAAAGACAAGAUUUCUAGCGCAAUUCUGAUGCUCCUCAACCAAAGGCGAUUGGAAACAUUGAAAGAGAAAUGGUGGACCGAUAAUCCCAACAAAGUCAACUGUCCCGAUUCGUCUGAUGAAUCAGAUGGCAUUUCCAUUCAAAAUAUUGGAGGAGUAUUUAUUGUUAUCCUGGCUGGAAUCGCACUUUCUAUUAUCACACUUGCAUUCGAAUAUUAUUACUACAAAAGAAAAGCUCGAAAAGCAGCUAAAAAAGAAAAAGAGCAGAUGGAGAUGAAGGUGCACCAAGUGAUCCAAAAUGGUAUACAUAAUCACAAUGGAGAUGCUCCGAAAACUGCUAACAGCAUCAAUGAGAACGGAAAUGCUGUGAUGAAACGGAUGAAACGGUCCAACUCGGUGGCUACAUAUGAAAAUACAGCGUUCCAGUACUGA